AUGAAGUGGUUGGUGUUAGCAUUUGCUGUUGUGGUGGCUACGGGUUGGGCCCAGGGGACCGUGCCGAAAAGUGUCUUCGUGGGUACCGGAAAGGAGGAAUAUGUGUACCAGUACGUGCUCGAUGUGACGACCGGCGUAGUGGAACCGGAAUACGGCUCGAUGUACCGUGUGAAGGCUGAUCUGCACGUUAGUCCAGAUCCGAACGGCAAUGGUACGUUCGUGCAUUUUGUUGACCCCAAGGUUUUCCUCUACACGGGCCCACUACCGUUGCCGAUGGAGCCGACGGCGGAAAACUACACCGAGUAUGCCCAGCAAGCCGAAGCGAUCGUGCAACCAUUCUACAUUACCUACGAUAAGUUUGGGAUGGCUCAGGAAGUGUUCACCACCAAGUCGGACGUCCUGUGGAGUGUGAACCUAAAGAAGGGAGUGGCGGCCAUGCUGCAGCUUCCGAUGGACAAGAUUCCGACGAAAAAAUUUGUCAAACCCGUUGUCUUCACUGAAGCAGAGGAAACCGUGUACGGUAAGGUGAACGUGACCUACGCCGUCCAUUCGGACAAUGAUAUGGUGCACGUGAUCAAGACACCCGUCUACCAGACGUUCACGCAGCUUCCUUACGGUAUCUACUCGAACGUUGAGCCGGAACACGUGUACCACAACUGGAGCGCGUGGAACUCGGUCCUGCCGGUGGUAGAAUACGAACUUAGCAUUUCCAACGAUGGAGUCCAGGCGUAUAAGGUGCACUCCGAAAGCACCAAGUACGUGCAACCGUUCACCGUCGAGGGUCAAAAGCAAUUUGUGACGAGCAAACAGUCGCUGGUCUUCACACACACCACCUUUACUGUUCCGGCAACCAAGAAGUUUGAAUUCAACAACUUCCCCAUGUAUCACUAUGUGCACUACGAGACAGCGGAAUCGGUGUUCGAAGAAACCUACCCAACCAUUUCUACCAUCACCCCAACGGUUGAUGUUACUACCGUUAUUCCUAAGGUUCAGGUGAUGCUGUAUGAAGCUGUUCAAUACCUUCAGGAAAAUCCUAUCACGCACCAAGAAAUCGAUACGAAGCAUGGCCUUGUGAUCUCGCGCAUCAUCGAAAUCUUGAAACCGUUUACCGUUGAAAACUAUGGCCAGUUCUGGACCGUGCUGACAAAAUCGACCACCCCGAAGGAUCUGAUGGCGGUGGACAUUUUCUGCAAGGUGCUUCCUUCGGUGGGCACGAAAUACUCGGUGCAGUUCGUAAUGGACAUAGUGAAGAACCACAAGGUGAAGGAUUCCGUCGCCGCUGGUAUGUUGUUUUCGCUGGGUGUCAAUGUGCGCGCACCAUCGAUCGAGCUGCUGCACAGUGUGGAGGAUUUUGUAAACUUUGAGUCGGUUGUCAAGCCGGAGGUAGCCCAUGCCGCUAUCCUUUCCUUCGGUACUAUGAUCUACAAGACGUUCCAGCACGAUCAGCAUUCGGUGGAGAUCGAAAAGUACAUUAAGGUGUACUACAAAAAGCUCAAGGAAGCGAAGACCUUCGAGGAUCAGCUCGUUUGGUUGCACGGUAUGAAGAACAUCCAGCUUGGUACGGUUGGAGAUCUGUUGGUCCCUCUGGUUAAGGGUGAACAGGUGCUUGACAUGCAGUACGAUCGUCAUCUGCAGGUGCACGUUAUCUAUGCGUUGAUGGAAAUCAAGGAGCAUGAGCAUGAUGCACUGUUUGAGAUUGUCUUCCCUAUCGUGAUCGACGAGACAAUCCCGGUCGAGUUGCGUGUUGCUGCGGUGAAGGUGAUUAUUUCGAUGGAGGAUGUGCACUACUGCUCAAAGGUGGUGGCCAUUAUGAAGGGUGAGAAGGAUCCGCAUCUGUAUUCGUUCUUUGUAACCACCAUAAGAAGUUUGGUCAACUCGGACGUGUACUUCGGAACCGACUUCUACCACUAUUUGGAGCGUGUGGUUGAGCAGUUCGUACACUACGAUCCUGCGGUUGAGACGAAAUCUUUCUUUUAUGAUUACGUCGAUGCCGGACAAAAGGUUGGCAGCAUUAUCCGCGGUAACAUGAUCGCCGAUGUCAAACAUAACAAGGUGAACCAGUUCUACGUAAGCUUCUCGCCGUACGUCAUGGAUCGCGUCUACGAUCUCUACUCGGUAUACGUGAAGUUUGAGGGCGUCCAUAAUCCACUCUCGCUGUUGUGGCCUAAGAUUUUCAACGUUGAUCCCAAAACGGUCAACGAACCGAUCACCAAAAACUACGAAAACGUCCCGGUCCAUGUUGAGUUUACAUUUAUGGCGAACGGCAAGGUAGUCUUUACGAAGCACUUCAACGAGGAAACGAUCAAGCAGUUCUACACGCAUACCUACCUGACAAUCUUCAAGACGCUGCAGUAUCAGUUCACGCAUGUGCUAAAUGUCGCCGAUGUCGAGCUGUAUACGCCCACUUUCGACGGUGUGCCCACAAAGAUCGACCUCAAGCUACCAUUGUUGACGCAGUUCAAGUACAACGUCGUUGUUCCGUCGACGACGAACCAGAACGAGGUGACCCUUACCGUCAAUAGCUUCUUCCGCAUGUGGGCGCACGGAUACUACGGAGUAUCGGUGUACAACCCGUUCGCCCUCACCUGGCAGGGAACUCGCCGUGUGCAGUCGUUCGACUUCAACGUUCCGCUAGUGUUCGAUGUAAUUUUCAACUUCCAACAAAACUCUUUCAAGUUCGUCUGGACCAAGCACUCGAACGAGGUGUUCAAUGUGGUCGGUUUCAAGUCGCACGUUAAGACGCAGGUUUAUGCUAAGCCCGAAACGGAGGUGGACUACCUCAAGGUGACCUGUCCGGUAUGUCACCAGUACGAUACGACUACCGCUCAUCCGGUGCCAAAGAAGAAGGACGUCGUGUUGUACGAAUCACACUCCAAGUACACCGGAAUUCACUUCUAUCUGUCCGUCUUUGACGUGGAGGUUCCUCCGACUGUGAAGUACUACAAAUCGGUCACCGACGUGCUCACGUCAGAGCUGUUCCAUGAGCUGGAGCGUGUCACCGUAUUCGACUUUGUUGCAAAAUAUUUCACCUGGUUCUACACGACCGUUCUUCCACCCCAACCGACCACCUUCGGUGUCAUGGGCUAUGUUAAUCCGUGCAAGAUGUAUCCGUUCGAUAAGGUCGAGUUUAGCUUCAAGGUAGACAGCGAUGUGCUGCCGCACAAACUAUGGACCACUCCGGACCAUCGCCAGUACGUGAAGAUGACGGCAAUCUUCAAGAAAACAGACGUAGUCGUUAACCACUGGGACGUCAAUGUGUACUAUACGCACGAACAUGGAACUUACUUCAAGACGGUCAACGUGCAGAUCACCCACCAGACACCGGGUGAGAAAAACAUGAACAUUUGCAUAGAUUUCGUGAAGAAUGUGGCACCGGAAUCAGUAACUGGAAAACUGAUGUACUUCCAUGGAUAUUCGUACGAUCACAAGUGCGUCAAGGAUGAUAUGGUCAUGUCGAUGGAAUGGACCGGUGUACAGUCUGAUGUACAAAAGAAUAUCACUCACCACCCAUACACCCCAUCGUACCAUACCGUGCCGACGUACUACUACCAACAGUGCAUACCUCGUGUGCUGCCCUUGUUCGCGGAUUACUCUGUGCCGGUUACGUACGAGUGUGCGGACGUGUACACCACUGUUCGCAAGUAUCAUUACACGGUUGACUAUCAGCACGUGCAUCCGGUGUACAUUGACUUCGUCAAGCCCUUCUGGUUCUCGGUGAAACAUGUUGUGCCGUCGUACUAUCAGGACAUCGAGCAGUUCCACUACGUUCCAGAAAACCGUUUUGUCGUCGACGUUGAGUAUCCGAUGUACUACUCCUACCCCGUUGUGGAUGUCGUGGUUAAGUCCGCCUACGAAACGGUUGCCUUCGAUCAUGUCCCGUACUACGAUUGGGUUUGGAUGUUCCAGCCGGAAAGCACCGUUUUCACCAAGUACUUUGAUGUGAUGAAAUCGUAUGGUUACGUUGACAACUGCGUGGUGAAUCCCGUCUAUGAGUACGCCCCGUACCACUAUGACGUGGCGAAGACGCCGGUCUACAACGAAUGGAUCAUGUACGCUUCCGAUCACCCAGCGACCUACACCUGGGCCGUUUAUGUGCAGAAAUUGGAGAAGAACUUCGUUGCUUUCAAGCUGGUCCUCAACGGCCACAGCAUUGUGGUGCAACCUGUCUUCGGCAAGCACGUGGAAAACACCACCACCAAAUACACCUUUACGGUUGAUAGCGAACUGAUGCACGCCCUCGAAUAUGGCAGUGUUGAGACCUAUCCGUUCAAAUACUUCUAUGUCUACGAUACCGUCGUAUUUGUCGUACCUAAUGUUUCUUUGUAUGUUGUAUACGAUGGACACCAGGUGAAGAUCGAAACGGCAAAAACAGAAAACGUUACCUACUACGGCCAGUGCUACGAGAAAUGAAGUUAUCCAGUGUCUCCAAUGUUAUUUGGCUAAAAAUGAAUAAUCAAUCUUUUCAUUUCAAAACUACUUCGUGACCAAUAAACGUUCAAUAAAUGUUCAAUGAAAUUAAACAUUUUAUCUUUCUUUUCGUAACCCUUAGACCAGGGAUGUCAAACAUACAGCCCGCGGGCCACAUGCGGCCCGCACGAACAUCGGAUCCGGCCCGCGACACCUUUGAAGCAAUACAUCGAAAGUUUGGAUCUUUGAGUAUUAGCUUUUGUUUGAAUAGAAUUUUUUUUGUUGAAUUGAAUGAAUUGUAAGAGAACUGAACGAACGUUAAUUUCAACAAUUUCUAUAAGAAAGUGAUAUACAACUUUGAUCCACAUCACGCCGAAAUAUUGCGGUUGACAAGAGCAAAGAUUUCACACAGAUUUUCGAGACAAGCGAAUAAAUAGUGUUCAUACAAAACAAACGUCAUGAACUACAAGAGCAUUUCAAAUAAAAUAACAGAUG